CCUGUAACAAGACCACCAAAGAGACCUUUUUCACUUGGACCACCCCAAACUGUUAAACGUCCAGAUAGACCACUCCCUGAUGGAGGAAUGCCACCUUGUGCCUUAUCUGGAAAAAAUUUUUGUAUUCUGACGGACGAUUAUCCAUCAGAUUUUGUUGAAAAGAUGAUGGACGAGGAAAUGAAGGUCAAAAUUAAAAUUAUGUACGAAGAACUUCAAACCGUUGGAGAUCCAGAGCUCUUUGAAAGCCACCUUGGAGACGGUCCGGCUGCGCGAGGGCAGUUUGCUUGUGAAACCGAAGCUAAUGUCAUGCGUCCAGGAUGGGUUCAAGAUGCAAUUUCUGGAGACUGGAUGGUUGUCAUUAACAACGAUCUCUUUCCUCAGAAAAUCCGAACAGAGAGCUGCAAGAACCCGAACAAACCAUGUUCAUUUAUAGAAUCGUUUUAUGAGUCAGUUUGUCAACAAAGAUUUAGUCUGCAUCGAUUAAUUGCCGUCCACCCCUGGAAUCCAGAACGCAGCCCUGUGGUGGCGCUAUUCAAGUUUCCAGCUGGAUGUUCAUGUCGUGUGGCCCCGAUAACUCAGAACAGUGGAUAAUAAUAAGAUUUUAUACAUUUUGUUUAUUCAGUGAAGUACACUGUAUUAACAUUUUAAAGCGCUUUAGAACUAUCUUAUAAUUAAGAAUCAAGUAAUCUGCUUUUUUCCUAGUUAUAUUAUUAGAAUCAUUAGACUUUAGCAAAUUUUA